AUGACAGAUUCUAUGCUUAGUGACAAUUCUAGAAGGAGAACCAAACAAGUUCUACGAUUCGUAUGUGCCACAGCAUUUACUGUGCUAGCCACAAGAUAUACUUAUAAACAAAUGCUCUCACGCAAAUGUAUGUAUCAAAACUACUUCCUUAUCUUGCAUUUGCAAUAUCUUACUAACCUUAUUCUUCCAACAGAUAUACCCAAACAAUUUCAGAGAAAUGACAUUUUACAAAAUGUAAUACCAACUAACGAAGCAAGAACCGCCUUGAUUUGUGCAUCUGCAGUAACGUUAGGGAUUUCUACAAUGCUAACAACUGGUGCAGCAAUGGUUUUAAAUAUCUCAAGUUUGGAAGAUUUUAGUGUUUUAAUUAAAUCAUCAAUUAAAAAUACUAUUCCCAAUGAGAAAUUGCUAGUCAUAGAUGAGUCUACUACUUCAAUAAUUGAUCAGAUUAAACAGUUAGCUGAUGAAUCAGAUAAGCAAGAGUCUAACAAAGAUGAAGAUCAAAAUGAUCCAAAGAAAUAA